UUUUCUUUUCCAGCAUUGCCCGUGAAUCAUGGCAUCGGCAGAAGUAAUGAUUUGUCGGUUUUUGUUCUUUCUUUUAGCCGAGAUAGUAAGUUUUUCGGAAGGCAGAAGAGGAGGAGGAAGGUCCUUCAGAGGUUACAGAUCUAGUUACUACUCAUCUUCUGGCACAAGCUCAGGGGAUCAAACGGGGGCGUAUAUAGCCGUGGGAGUGAUUUUAGGCCUGAUGGUUCUGAUUGGAGCGGUGAUUAUUUUGAAGAGCAAGUGUUGCCCCUAUUGGAGUCCCUCAGACGUCAUCACCGACUGCAGAUACAAAUGCCAGCAGUGCAGGAAGGGAGAGAAUAAAGUCACAAUAGAACCGUCCUCGGUCCAAAGAGAAAAGCGGAAGAAUACAUGGGCUCCCGUCAAAAGACACAUGGCGAAGCUUAGGAUAGUGAUGCAUACUCCAAAACCGGUGUUAGAGAAAAGAGAGUCCAAAAAUUUAGAAAAGAAAAUUUCUCUGUACGAGUCCAAUCCAACGCAUUACCGCGAAUUUAUGGAGCCCCCGCCAGCAUAUGAAUACAUAGACGUAAAAGAGACCAACACUAACAACAAGUCUGAUUUUCUCCAAAAUCGUCAGCGAAUAAGCAGGGUUGUCUCACAGAUGAACCUUCUCAGAGAAAAGACGGCGCAGUCUCGUCAAGAAAAUAGCAUGACGUCAUCAGAUAGAAAAGCAGACGACAAAUCUUCACCAAACAAACUCGUAAAUCUAAAAGACUUGCAAGAACUCACAGUGAUCCGCAAAUGGAACGAAUAGGUUAUUGAAUCAGGAAAUGUAUGCUAUCUUUAAAUAUAUACAAAGUUGUGGCAAUAUAAGAAGACUGGCAUUCUAUAUUUAGAGGUCGCAUCAUCAAGCUAACACUGUGAGGAUCACGUGACCUGGUGUACACAUUGGAAGACUGGAUCUUAUUUUAAUGUCACAAAAUAAGUUUGCAGGAAAACGCAAAGGAAUCAAGGAUGCAUGCGCAUACUAUAUACCUACUUAGGCCUAAUUAAAAUCUGCUUAAUCAAAUGCCAUACUGUUUUAAAUAGAGAAUACUGGUAACAUGUUUUAACUUUGAAAAUAUAUAAUUAUCUCAUGUAUUGUUUAGUAUAAUUUUUAGCGUUCAUUUAACAUCGUAAUUCAUAAUUCUAUCAUAACAUAAAUUUUACACACUCGGUAGAAAUAAUCCUUACAAGAUAUAGAAGUCUAAUGACAUGAGCAGGAUACUUAAGCAACUAUAGCAAAGAAAUAGACCCUUUCACGACAACUGUGGUACUGCUUUUUUGCAGGGCAAAAUGAUAUUUUGGUGAAAUAUGACGUAAAAGUAAUUGUUUAAUGUAUACGUCAAUUAAUUAAUUAUAUAUCGACAAAAAUUUCGCCACACGUUAUUAAUGUGCCUUAGCUGCAAAAGAGUAGUACCGCAGUUAUCGUGAAGGGGCUAAUAAUUAAUUAUACCCUACACAUAAGAAAUAAAAAAUAGUAUAAUACUUAUAGUGUUUUGAAGUCCGAAUUAUUCAUUCCUAAGUGAUAUUUUGUAUUUUUGUGGAAUAAAUUUGUACAAACAAUGUUUUUCAUUUUUUAAAUUGAAGUAAAUGUUCACUCAGCAUAUAUUCUUCUACACAUUUAUUUUGUUUAUAUAUCUUAAUGUAAAUAUUAUAUAGUUUGGUUAUACAUAACAUAUAGUUGAACAUGUUGAAGGGAUAUGACAGUAACCUUGUCUUAUCUGAAUGUUGUAUUCCGAUUUCUUGUCUAUAACCGUGUCAUAAAAACUUUAUAAACUUUAUAUCCAACUAUUCCCCACGAUAAAUCAUUGACAGCUGCUUUUUCAAUAGAAAUGGAACCCGUAAAUUUACUUUCCUUGUCAUUGGUCAUUUACAAAAUUACUUUAAAACAUUUUGAUUGUAUACACAAGAACUCUGAAGUUGAUAUUAAAAAUGCUUGA